UGCAGCAGUGUGGCCGCCGACGCCCGACGCCGCGCCUUCCGCCAUGCUGUCCAGCUUCAGGCGCCUACGUAGACGGAGCUCGAGCAAUGGCCCCAGCAAACCUGGAGGCGGCGCCGCUGCCGGUUCGUCGCCCGCUGGGGGCGCCGCGGCGGCGGCCGGCGCCGGGGCGGGCACCGUCGUCAACAGGUCCGCCGAAUGGGCCGACAUGGACGCGCCGCUGCACCCGCCGCCACCGCACGCCUACAACUUCCGCGUUGGCAUCUACGGCUGGCGCAAGCGCUGCCUCUACCUGCUCAUCCUCGGCCUGCUCGUCAUGGUCAUCGUCAACCUCGCGCUUACGCUCUGGGUGCUCAAGGUCAUGGAGUUCUCCUCGGAGGGCAUGGGCUCCCUGCGCAUCGUGUCUGGCGGCGUGCAGCUGCGCGGCCAGGCGCUGGUGAUGGACACCCUGCUGGCCUCGUCCAUCCGGUCGCGGCGCGGCUACCCGCUGCUGUUCGAGUCCUCCAGGAACUUCACUGUCAAGACGAGGGACCACAACGGCCGGGUCGCCAGCAGCCUCUUCCUCAACGGUGAACGCCUCGACGUGGCUUCCCAGUCGUUCCGCGUGACAGACUCCAGUGGACAGCUGCUCUUCCACGCCGACCGGCACGAGGUAGUGGUGGGCGCCGACUCGCUCAGGGUCUCCGGUGAGGGCGGCGCUGUAUUCGACGGCUCGGUCCAGACUCCACUGGUUCGAGCAAAUCCCGGAGAGGAGCUCAUGCUGGAGUCGCCAACUCGCUCCAUAGAGAUCCAGGCGCCGUACGGAGUGUCCAUCGAGUCCAGGGCGGGCGACAUCAGCGCAGCCUGCCUCACCAACCUCAAACUGCAGUCGCUGGCUGGAGCGGUGCGGCUGGACUCCCCCAACGUGUACAUGCCGGGCCUGAAGACAGCGCACGUGCACGGCCACGGAUCUCGAGCGCCACCGCCCCCGCAGCCGGUGUACCAGCUGUGCGUCUGCGCCACGGGCAAGCUCUUCAUGGCGCCCGCCACCGGCGCCUGCGCCAUCGAGGAGACCUCCACUGUCUGCCGGUGAAGGCCCGGCAGCUUCUGCAGUCCUGCCUGCUUCGGGUCUAUCUGACACCUCCUCCGACGGCGGCUCUGCAAGCUCACAACAUCAACUACCACCCGUAAUUCACAUUCUGGUCCAAGUGUAG